CUUUGGCCACAGACCGAGCAGCUGUCAAUGCACAGCACCGAGCGUCACAACGAGCGAGGAGGCUUUUUGUGGACGGACAGAGGGCUUUAAAAUGCAGCCCAGCGACGAUUUACGUACUUCACCCCCCUGUCGGAUGUGCAAUACGUCCCAGCUCCCAAACGUUACAAUCUAGCGCUCGAUCAACGAGGCCGAGAGAUCGCGACUUUUUCCCUCCCCAGUGUUAUUUUUGUUGUUUUUGUUGUUGUUGAAUCUUCGCAGUGUUGUCUGCUCUGCACUGUCCAUCCGACAAGUCCAGACAUGAGUAACGUGAUUUUUUGGGACCAGCUGCAGGCAGGCAGCUCCGAGGUGGACUGGUGUGAAGGCAAUUACCUAAUUUACCCCAGCAUCGCUGAGUUUUACAACACGAUCAGCAACAUUUUGUUUUUUGUUUUGCCGCCCAUAUUAAUGUGCUUGUUCCGCCAAUAUGCAACACAUUUCAACAGUGGGAUUUACCUCAUAUGGAGUCUGCUAGUUGUGGUCGGUAUUGGAUCGACAUAUUUUCAUGCCACCCUCAGCUUCCUCGGACAAAUGCUGGAUGAGUUGGCCAUCCUAUGGGUGCUCAUGUGUGCCAUUGCCAUGUGGUUUCCUAAGCGAUACCUACCCAGGAUGUUCAGGAAGGAUCGGUCAAGGUUCAAAGUGGUCAUUGGCAUAUUGUCAGGGAUCACCACCGGGCUGGCCUUUGUUAAACCUGUCGUUAACUCAUUGUCACUCAUGACCCUGGGCAUCCCCUGCACCGUGCUGCUCAUUACUGAGCUUAAAAGGUGUGAAAACCCACGUGUGUUCAAGUUGGGCCUGGUCUCAGGGAUCUGGUGGGCACUGGCUUUGCUUUGCUGGAUCAGUGACAGGAUAUUCUGUGAAAUGUGGUCAUCUGUCAACUUUCCCUACUUACACUGUGCUUGGCACAUCCUCAUUUGUCUGGCUUCCUACUUGGGUUGCGUUUGCUUUGCCUACUUUGACGUCGCGUCCGAGGCCCCGGAGCGAGGACCCGUCAUCAUGUUCUGGCCCAACGAGAAAUGGGCCUUCAUUGGUGUGCCCUACAUUUCCUUCCUCUGCGUCCACAAGAAGUCAACGAUCAAGGUGACCUAAGGUGACCUGAGCGUGGCGCUGUGUUGGUUGUGCCCCCAAAACUUCUCACCUUCCUGUGACUGGGUGAUGUAGGUGAUGCACAUAUUGGCCAACCGUGAAGAUUUUUUGGUUUUUCUGUCCCAUGUCUGGUUUUCACUAGACAGUAGUGUUUAUGCAGAUUUGUCAAAGAACAAAAGGUGUCACAGUUAGUCUAACAUGACAUAGGGUGACACACUAUGACACACAAUAGUAUCAAAGCCAAGAAACCUUUACAGUGUUCCUAACGCCUUCUCAGGCUUUGCUUAGGCGGUCAUAUGUGUUAGUAUUAGUAUUAUGCAUUUAAGUCUUCUUUAAGGAGAAGAUUUUGUACAUUUUAUAGGAACUCCGAAAACCUCAUUAUAAAGCAUUAUGUUGCCUUUAUAAACAUGAAUAUAGCAUCUCAUAGGUGCAGUCUGGCCAUUAUGAAACCAUGUUUAGAAACAAUAAAGCACUGGAUUCAUUAACUGUGAUUAAUGCAUUAAGUAUUAAAGCUUUGUAUUAUAUUGCUUUGCCAAUCUUACUAUGCUCAAUGAAUCAAUAAGCUGUUUCAUAAGAAGUGUUAUAAUAAGGUAUUAUACACAAAGCCUUAUGUGUUUUAGAUACAUCAUGGAUUCAGGCUGUUGUACCUGCCCUCUUUGGCGACGGACAUUUUAAGUUAAAACAUCAGAAACAACAAUAGGCUUCUUUCUCUCAUGGGUGUGCUAUGUUUUCCUUCCAGCAUGCCAUUGUGAUUGUUCAAGAUAGUAUACGAGAAAUGUGUUUAAUAUAUUCCUGUGUAUAUUUUGUUAACUAACUAUGUAAUAUGCAGUUAUUUUCCAUAUCAUUCAUAUGUUACUAAAUAAAUAGGUACCAUUUGUUUAUUGGGCAAAAUCCAAAGAAAAAGAAAACAGAAUGGGAAAUCAAAAUGUAUUGAAAUAUGAUUGACUAUUCAAGGAAAAAAUCUAUUAUUUUGCACAAAAUGAAGAAUGGUUCUCAAAGCCUUUGGGUAAAUACACACUGCUUAGCAUUUUAAAAACAUGAUAAUGACAAUUAUUUACUCGGAUAUUUGCUUGCUAAUGUACAGCUUUUAUGCUUCAGUUUUCACUGCAGAUUUCUUCACCCAGAUGUCUCAACUCUUAAACUGCUUUUCAGGGUUAUUUAUUCUAGGCUCAGUAUUUUUCUUUGUUUAGACUUUGUGCUAAAUAUUAUUGAAACUAUGACAACUGUGCAAAAAGCCUUAAUCGAACAAGACAAUGGACUACUUGUAUUAGUUAUGUAUCUUGAACUGUUUGCUCUUAAAGGGGAAAUGCAGUGUAAUGAUUGCAUUGAAUAAUAAUAAAUGCAAAUGAGGUUUAGGUUACAGCAGGAGAAGUUGUGGGACAGAUAAGGUUUUAUUACCUCUGACUUUGUCUAAUUUAUCAGUUUUCAUUUUGACAGAAAUGAGCAGAAAUUCUGUGUGCAGAAUAUAAAAGGGAAGCAUGAUGCAAAGCUAAACACUAACCCUAAAAGACAAAGAGCACCAAAGCCUUUUUCACCACAGACCAUUGUUUUAGAUGUUGUUCUUGAAAACUGCCUCAAGCUGUUUAACUAACAUUAUUUUAGUCCUGUCCUCCUGCAGAGGCUUCUGGGAACUCAAACCGCUAAAAUAGCACACAUGAAGGGUCAAAUGAGCUAUCAUGAUUUACAAAGACAAAACAACUAUUUUUGUGAGAUUCUGAAGUGUUAUUUUUUGAACAAAAUUAAGUAUUUUGAGAAAUCAAAACACAAUUUAUAUUUUUCUAAAUAAUGUGUAGCCAAAAAUGAAGGUUGAAUUUUUCAUAUUGCAUGAUCACUACCUUUGUAUUGCCAAACAUUCUUAAAAAACAGUUGUUGUUGGUUUUUUUUUUUAUGUUAUCUUAGGAGAAACUUAGCGGACAGUAUUGACACUGUGAACAAAGCUGUUGUAUUGCCCAAGAAUACUUAUAUUGUGCUGCAAAUCAUAUUGAACCAUGCAUCUGAUCCAUGAUGGUGGACUGUUUGUAUGAAGUCAGUGAGUCACCCUCAGAUAAAGGAGUUUGUGUGAACAGGACAGCCUGUUUAGUGCUGCCCUCUGCAUCGUGAUAUUUGUCUUGGCAUGAGAUAUUAUUAUGAGCUUAUAAAGUCUAUUUUUAAGGACUUUAUGGACUGUGUAAAUAAAUCUCCUCAGUUUUUUUUCUGCCUGCAUUGACAAUACAGACGAACUGCACAGAAAUAUUUAUUUUCAUAAUUUAUCCUGUUUUGUAAACGAUUAUUUGUAAUAGAUUAGAACAUUAGUGCUUUAUUUUAUUUUUAGUUUUAUGCAAUAAACCAAGACAAUACUCAAAA